AUGGAGAGAAAAAGCAAGCGCAUUCACAAAAAAAUUGAAAAAGUCGCGGAGACCGGUUGUGUCCCAAAAGUACAGAAUGCCGUGCGCCCGGUGUCGUUUUGCGAAGAAAAGCAGGUGGCUGUCGACUUUUCCGCCAAAGACCUGCCUCAUCAACCCAUGACGAUCUCCAUCAUCAGUGCUAACCCCAAUAAAGCUGGAAUGAUCUUUUUUCGGUCAGGUGAGCUGUGCUUGAUGCUAGUCACAAUUAUAUCUUUUAUUUAUAGGGCUGGGCCGUCCAGAAGCUGGAUCACCAAUGGAAAGACGGUAUUUGAUCGAUCAGAAGCCGGAAUUCCUCAAACGUUUCGAUUUUUAUGCAAACUUUGCACUUUGA